AUGGGCAGUUCCAGUGACACAGAAGAUGUCCAUGUGGCUGUGAUUCGACCGAAAAAAACCCAGCAAGUCUCAAUUCACGGGAAUACAGAGCUAAGCUAUAUGAAAUAUUAAUGAUCGAGGUGCCAGUAGAAGGGCAGAAAAAGAAGAGAAGGAAGAUGUUACUGGAAACUAAACUGCAGGGGGAAAAAGACAAAUCCCAGGAGAUCCUCCAGUAUGUGCUAGACUCCACCAAGCUAAACUCACCAACCAACCAAGGGGUGAAAGGGAAGAGGGUUGUGUUAAUGAGGACGUUCCCCCUAGAAGGGGAGAGGUCUGGGAAAGAAGCGACUUUGUUCCUGGUUCCAGCCUCUGUUAAAGAUAAUUCAAAGAUGUCUUAUAGCCCCGGUGGACCUGUGUUCUACUGUCUGCAGGAUAUCAUGAGGGUGUGCAGCGAGACCAGCAGCCACUUCUCCACCCUCACUGCACGCAUGCUUCUUGUCCUGGAUAAGUGGCUGGAUGAGCAGCACACAAAGUCUCAUGCCAUCGCUGCACUGUUCCGCCCAUCUCCUCUAGAGAGGAUAAAAACCAACGUCACCAAUCCAGCUUACUCCUCCGAAGAUGGCCAAUCCGAAGACACUCUGCACAUGGGCUACACGGCUCUGGAAAUCAAGAGCAAAAUGAUGGCACUAGAGAAGGCAGACAUAUGUAUAUACAACCCUCUCUUCGGAUCCGACCUGCAGUACACCAACAGGGUGGACAAAGUGGUAAUAAACCCAUAUUUUGGGCUCGGAGCUCCAGACUAUUCCAAAAUCCAGAUUCCAAAGAGAGACAAGUGGCAGAGGAGUAUGAGCAGCGUCAUGGAAGACAAAGAGCGCCAGUGGGUGGACGAUUUCCCCCUGCAUCGCAGUGCCUGUGAAGGUGACACCACGCUAUUAGGUCGAUUGUUAGAUGAGGGAUUUUCAGUCAACCAAUUAGACAAUGACCAAUGGGCGCCCAUACAUUAUGCUUGCUGGUACGGGAAGGUGGAGGCCACCAGCAUGUUAUUAGAUCAAGGAAAAUGUAACCCCAACUUGCUGAAUGGACAGCUCAGCUCUCCUCUACACUUCGCUGCUGGAGGCGGCCAUGCUGAAAUUGUGCAGAUCCUCCUCAAUCACCCGGAGAUAGAUAGGCACAUCACCGACCAGCAGGGGCGCACUCCUCUAGAUAUAUGUGAAGAAAACAAGCAGAGCAAAUGGGAGGAGACAGUGGAACUGCUGAAUAAUUCCCUCAACAAACCCUAUGAAAAGGUGCGCAUCUAUCGGAUGGACGGGUCCUUACCGCUCGGUAGAGUUGAAGCAUGGCAAUAAUACAACUGUGCAGCAGAUUAUGGAGGGGAUGCGUCUGUCUCAGGAAACUCAACAAUUUUUUGCCAUCUGGAUCUGUUCAGAAAAUAUCAGCCUGCAGCUAAAGCCUUUCCACAAACCGCUGCAGCACAUCAGGGACUGGGCAGAGAUUGUUAAUGAGCUCACCAACCUGGACCCCCAGAGGGAGACUCCUCAGCUCUUUCUACGCAGAGACGUGAAGUUACCGUUGGACGUUGAGAAAAAGAUUGAGGAUCCCUUGUCCAUUCUGAUUCUGUUUGAUGAGGCUCGGUACAGCCUGCUGAAAGGUUUCUAUCCGGCUCCAGAUGCAAAACUCAUCACCCUGGCCAGCCUACUUCUUCAGAUCGUAUAUGGGAACUACGAAAGUAAGAAGCACAAGCAAGGGUUCCUCAACGAAGAGACUCUGAAGUCUAUUGUACCGAGCACAAAGCUGAAGAGUAAAGCUCCACACUGGACAAGUCGCAUUCUCCACGAGUACAAGAAUCUGAGUACAAGUGAGGGGGGUGAGCAAAGAAAUGCACCACCUACAGCGCAUGUUCCUCCAGAACUGCUGGGACAUAUCCACCUACGGAGCGGCCUUCUUCACUGGUCAGAUAUUCACCAAGGCAACUUCCAGCAGCAACAAGGUCAUCCGGGUCUUUGUCAGCGUUAAUGUCAAUGGGCUGCACCUCCUCAACCUGGAGACCAAGGCUUUGUUGAUCAGUCUAAAGUUUGGUGGCUUUAAGUGGCAGUUGGGUGACGGGGACACCUGCUUCCAAAUCCACAGCAUCCAUAAUAUGGAGAACAAAAUGAGUUUCAUUGUACACACGAAACAGGCCGGCCUUGUUGUGAAAUUGUUGAUGAAGCUGAGGCGGGCAGUUUAUACCCGGAGAUAAGAGCAUGACAGAACGAUACGGCUACGGGUAG